CCAUCCUCAGAAGCCGUUGACGGCUCUAAUAGUGACGGAUCGACUCCCGCAAUAUUAUUUUAUUUUCCCCUUUUCAUUUGUUUUGUGGAAAAAAGGAAAGGGAGUACAAGUAAGCCUCAUUGCACACAUCCGUCCUCAGCAAUCCCCAUCAAAUCUCUUCAACACAUAAUCCUGUUUUGAGCUUUUGUACGAGCUUGUGCUAACGGUAGCUAGUUCGCGAUUAUUGCUAAUAAAUCUACGAUACAACAUCGAGACAAGUCGGGACAAGACCAGUCUCAGGAUUCACCAUACUCAAUGAGCGUACAGCGCAAUGUCAGAGCGCUCUGGGCAAACGGCAAAGGGGAAGGAUGGCAAAUCCAAGUAUGCGUCUCUCAACCUGUUUGAUACCUACAAAGGAAAGAGCCUUGAAGCACAGAAGCCUGUUGUUGCCCCUCGUCAUGGCUUACAGUCUCUUGGUAAAGUUGCCUCUGCACGGCGCAUGCCCCCCCCUGCCAACUUGCCUAGUUUGAAGGCGGAGAACAAAGGCAACGACCCCAACGUCACGCUCGUUCCCAAAGACGGCACAGGAUGGGCAAGCAAGCAGGAACCAGCAGACCCAAAGAGUACCGAUGUAUUGUCAGAAGCGCAGCCGGAAUUGCAGCAGCCUGUGGUCUCACAGACAUCUGCACCGAGCGCGCCGAGAACACCCCCAGCUCAAGAGGCCCCACCUCCAGCUCUAGCCGCAGGGCCAAAGUCCUGGGCUCAGGCCAGUGUUACACAUGGAGUACAAGGAGAUGGUGGAAAGGGAUCAAACCAACCAUCGCCAUUCUCUCGCGAGGAAUUUCCCACCCUGCAGGCGGCUGGAGACCAGGACAAAGCUGGCAAAGAACAGGCCACUGCAGAUCAGUGGUAUGGGCCCGGACCAAGCCUCCGCCCCCAGAACGUAACAAGUUGGCGGGAUGGUGGGGGCCGGGCGUUGGCACCCACCCUGGCUGGGGAGGGAGUUGCAGAGGGUGGUGCUGGGGGAACCAUGAUGAUGGAGGGUACUGGUGGGGGCCCUCCCAUCCUUCAGCAGAAUGCGUCCUCCCUUGGGCAGCCUAGGACCGCCCCAACCAGCAACCCCGCACUUCCCCUUCCUCAGCCACCCAUUGGCCCUCAAUUUCAGGCUUACAGAGGGAUCAUGCCUCCAUUCAUGUAUCCACCCUACUUGCCCUUCCCACCCCCUUAUGGUCCACAGGGACCUUAUAGGUACCCACCCCCAAAUGAGGCCCCCAGGUUUUCUCGGUCACAGGGUGGAGUAGGACCAGAUGGACGACCCCCUGGAGGACCCCGGGGUGAGGUGGUAAAACGCCCCUCCAUCCUUAAGCAGGAUGACCUGAAGGAGCUGGAUGAGCUGGAUCAUGAUGGAGAUGAGGGCUGGGCUGGGGCACAGGAGGAAAUUGAUUACUCCGCCAAGUUGAAGUUCAGUGAUGAUGAAGGAGAGGAUGAUGGGGAAGAGGAAAGGACUGAAAACAAGAAUGGAGCCCAUGAGUCAAGGGAGCUGCAGAGAUCCAAAGAUGGACCUGCACUUGUUUCACGUUCUCGUGCAUCUGAUAGUGGAGGGGAUUCGCGCCACACCCCUCCUUCCAGUGCUGAUGACGGCUCUGUGCCCCCCUCCAGCAAGCCAGCCUGGGCCGAGGAGGGAGAAAGUAGCUGGGGCAGUCAAACAAACACGGGAUCAUAUCAGGGGCGUAGGCCUGGACUGGGUGGUCCAAGGGAGCCACCCUCCCCCCCACCAGGGCCACAUCUUGGACAAGGGCCCUACUCCUACUACCGCCAGGAUCGGCCUUCGAAUCAGCCUGCGAUCUCCGGCCCCACCCUGGCCCCACAGAAGCCCAGCAGUGCCCAAGCACAGCAGCAGACGGGGACUGUGCCCGGUGGGCAGACUCCUCCUCCAUCCAGUGCCUUGCACCCCCAGCAACAGGGCGAGGAUGAGGACGAGACUUGGCGACAGCGAAGGAAGCAGUCAUCGUCAGAGAUUUCUGCAGCAGUAGAGCGUGCUCGACGGCGCCGUGAAGAGGAGGAGAGGAGGAUGCAGGAGGAGCGGCGUGCUGCCUGUGCAGAAAAGCUGAAGAGACUUGAUGAAAAACAGCAGCAGCACCAGAUCGUAAAACCAAACUCUCCUUGUGAUGUUCCUGCCAACAGUCCAAGUCCUUCCUUGUCUGCACCUGCCUCAUCCCCAAAUGUCAGUCAGCCAUCGUCCCCCUGUGUGGACCCAGAAGAACCUCCCUUGUUAUCCACUCAGACAGGUGGUGCAACAUUAGGGUUUAACAUACAUAACAGACAGAGGGCUGGCAGCAACAGCAGCCAUGAUUCCAUCACAGAGUCUCAACAGACUCUACAGCCUCAAGCCACCCAGCAUCAGCAAACCCCUGAUGUCCCAGUGCCUGGGGAUGGCAAAGAGGAACCUGUAGUGGUUGGACCACACAUCCGCAACAGUAGAGGUGCUGAUGAUUCCUUGAAGGUGGAGAGUGUUGGUGGAACAGGGCGGCAGGGAAGUGGUCCACCUGGGCAAGGCUUUUCCAAGUACCAAAAAUCACUUCCCCCUCGUUUUCAGAGGCAACAGCAGGAGCAACUUCUCAAGCAACAACAGCAGUGGCAACAGCAGCAUAACCAGGUUGCCCAAAAUCAGCUUCAGCCUCAGAAUCAGCAAGGCCCCUCUCCUGGGAUCACUCCACAACCUGGCCCCAAACAGCCAACCCUUUACCCCCCUGGCUCAAUGGGACGUCCACCACCUUUGCCCAUGAACUUUGAUCCUCGCUGGAUGAUGAUGUCUUACAUGGCCCCUGGUUUGAUGCAGGGACGUCCUCCAAACAUGGAUUACUACCCUCCCACCAUGCAUCCCUCUGGGAUGAUGAGUCGGGAACGUUCUGAUUCAGGUGGCUCUGGCUCAGACCCCUUUGAUAGGCAGCAGCAUGGACCCCCUCAUCCUCAUCGUGGUACACCCCCCAUGGAUCCUAAACUAGCAUGGGGACCAGAUGUUUUUCCAGGGGGCACUGAGGGCCGUGGUCUAAGCUCCCCAUUGCGGCAAAAAGCUGUAGAAGAGGAGGAUGUUUGCAAAGGUCAAAGAAGCGACACUCCUCCGGUGCGUUUGCGAGAGGGAGGAACAACUCCUAUUCAGCCGUCGAGUGUGGCUCCCAGCUCUCCAUCUGGCUCAUCCAACCAAACCCCACCCCCUCUGGGAAUUCAGGUUGGGAGCCAGAGUGCUAGCCAUCAUACUCACCAUCAGCCCUUCAUGGGUGGACGAGGAGGUUAUGGCAACUACCCUGACAAUGGAUCCAGAAUGGGCUCCCACCUGCAGCAAAGGGCAAGCAGUGGAGGGACACUGCAUGGUUUUGGCCAUCAGGAGGGAGGUCAGCAGAGCCAGAUCUGGGGGACUCCUCAUCCCCAUUAUGACCGUAAUGGCCGUACUGAUCAUUCAGCCUUAGAGAACAACUCGCAUCUCCAACACCAUGGUCCACCCGCUCACCCUUCACAUUUCUCUUCUCAUCAUCAUAAACAAGAGAAUGGCAGGGAGAGAGAAAAGGCAGGGGAGGCAAAAAAGAGUGACCCUUCACCUCCACUCCAUCCCCUCUCAUCUUCCUGCUCAUCUUCAUCGUCAUCUUCCUCAGCUAGAGAAGAUGCCAGUGGAAAGCAAUCCCAACAUAAUCAAACCCCACCCCAGUAUGAGCACGACACUGGGUCUGCUCAUGCUCCUGCAAGGAAACAGGACAAAAUGGGAAAUAUGCACAGUCAGCCCCCGCAGCAGCACCACCACCCUAAAACCAACUCUCGCAGCCGUGAACACAAAACUGAGACUCAGUGGGGCCCAAGGCCUGGAAGUAGUAAUGUGACUGGUGGCACAAACCAUAACAGAAAGACAGGCUCUGGAAUGAGUGGGAAUAUUGAUGAACCCACAAUUCAGGUGGCUGAGAGCAAAUCCUCUACUCAGUCUGGAGAUGGAUUCACAGUAAAGCGUGCAGGUCCUAUUAAGCGACCAGUGCUUAAAGAUAUGAAAAGAGAAGGUGGUGAAGAAGCAGGAGAAAAGACCACUGGAGGAUCAGGUAAAGAGAAAGAACAAGAUGUUAGCCAGAUCACAACCAAACAAGAAUCUGGAGCUCAGGCCUCCUCAGUACCCAGUGGAAAAGAUGAUGCAGUUGGAUCAAACAAACCCAGAACUGGAGGAAAGGAGCGAGGUAACACCGGGGGUACAGGUAAAGGGUCAAAAAAUGGAGAAAACUCUGCCCAAAGUUCUGGCUAUUCAGCUCCUCAAUCUAAAAAGGAUAGAGAGCGAUCUUCAGAGAGAGGAAGCACAACUUACCAUGCAUCCUCAUCCAGAGGAGGCCGAUCAAGUCGUGGUAGAGGAGAGUUCUAUGGCCGAGGCAGAGGCUACAGGGGCGCUUACAAUGGUAAUGCAGGUGGUGGUAUUAGCCGUGGCAAAGCAGGUGGCAGAAACAGCAGGGACUAUAGGUCAGUUGCAAACAGUGGCUACCACCAUGGAACUCAAGAAUUCAAGCGGGAGGCAUCCUCUGGCAGUGGUAGACAUGGACACGGAGGUUCUCAGCCAAAUCCAGGGCGUGCUAGAAACCGUAGUGAGACCCGAAGUGAAGGCUCUGAAUAUGAAGAGGUGCCAAAAAGGAGGCGUCAACGGGGAUCUGAAACAGGCAGUGAGAGUGCUGGUAGUGACCUUCCUCAUUCUGACAAAGAAGACCGUAAGUCUAAUACCAAGACUGGCACCGGAGUAGAAAACCCUGCCACAGGCCCUUCAUCCUCUUCAGUCCCAACAAGAAACUCCCAAACUAGAGUCUUCACACCAAGGGGUGUGCCAUCAAGACGUGGCAGAGGGGGAGGCGGGGCUGGAGGAGGUAUGCAUAGAAGCGGAGGUGGUUCUGGAGCAUCUGGUGCACAUAGGUCUGGACCUGGCUCUUCUUCUUCUCAUGGCUGGUCUGCAAAGUCUGCCUCUGUGCGGAAACAACAGACAUCUUCACAGCCAUCCCCUCCUAAAGAUUCAGGUCGUGGAGCGAAUGGUGAAAAGAAGAAGGCUCCUGACCUGAAUCAGUUUCAGAGUCAAACUGUAAAUCCCUCGGCACCCAAUCCCACUGUGCCUACAACCGUCCAACAGGUGUCCACUGAAAAUGGAAACGUUGGGGCUCCAAGUAAUGUCCCAUUGAAUUCCACUGGCUCUGUUGCCCAGACACAUGCUGGAAGAAUGGAAGAAGAUGGAAGAGGUUUCCCCAACAGAGGAUUUGAGCGCCCACCUCGUCGUAGGCGGCAUGGACGAUCCCAACAUCAGCAGGACAAGCCUCCCCGAUUCCGCAGGCUGAAGCAGGAGCGAGAGAAUGCAGCCCGGAUCAAUGGAGGAAGUGGAAUUAUUGAAGUCAAUGCGGGACAUCAGCAGCCUGCUGCACCAUUGCAAAAUUCCCUGCAAGAAACAAAUAGCGCUCCUAGUGCACCUGCCACAGCUGUUGCAAAUGCAAACCACAGUGUCUCAGCGUCAUCUAAUAAUAAUAAUAAUAGCGGUCACACUGGGGGUGGAAAUCAACAUUUUAAUAGUCACCACCACAACCACCACCAUCACUACCAGGGCAACUCCCAGUCCCACCCUCAGCACCAUCAUAACCAUAACCCUGCAGGGGGGGCUAAAUCUCCAGAUGUCUCUAACCAGAACUCUGACCAGGCAAAUGAGGAAUGGGAAACAGCCUCUGAAAGCAGUGAUUUCACUGAAAGAGAGGGUGGAGGUGGUAAAUCCUAUUCCUCCCACCAUCACCACCACCACCAUCAUCAUCCGUCGGGAAGAGGUGGUGGAGGCGGAGGUGGCGAAAGAGAGAUGACGGCUAAAGAAUUGGCCACCAACAAGAGAAGCUUCUCUAGUCAGCGCCCUGGAAUGGAGAGGCAGAACAGAAGAGUAAAUACCGGUGGCGGUGGAGGAAGAGGUCCCAGGGGUCCACCCAGCGGCGGUGGGGCUAUGGGUGGACCAGGCAAUGCUGGGGCCAAUCGUGGUGAGAGGCGUGGCAACUGGCCAUCUCCUAAGAACAGGAAGUGAGGUUUUUUUUUUAAUUUGGAAAUGCAUCCCUAAUUUUCAGCCACUUUUUUUGUAAGGCCUCAUCAUCCUUAACAUGUUAACACUUUAUUAUUGUUAAAUUAGUAACCAAGACCAUGUACACAGUCAGUCUAGCUCCCUUGGUUUAUUGCUUGUUUUUGUCCUGUUGUAAAUCUGUGCUUUUUCAUGUUCCCACAAAUACUAAGCUUUACAUAUUCUGCAGCAUUUUGGCAUCUUUUGCCUGAAAGUGCAUCCACUCAUAAGAUACCCAUUUACGUUUGCAUAUACAAGCACAAUGGCAUCAACCUGACAAAGAUGUGCUUAGUUUGUGUACUGGGCAUGCUGUGUUUAUUUGUAGAACUGUGGCUUGAAGCGUAUAUUGAAGGCAAAGGUUGAUACUUGUGUAUUUCCAUUACAUAAAUUUGGAUUGGAUAUAAUUUUUUUCCCUUUUGUUUAGAAUUCUGGUUUGUCCUUUACGUUAAGUUUUCAUUUCAACAACACCCCCCCCCCUGAAAUAUAAGGAUAUAUAUUUUUUGUAAAACCAGGUCAUUAAAUACAUUUUUAAAUCAACCCCCCAUUCAUUUUCAGUUUUGAAUUUUUACUGCUGUGCUUGGUCACCCAAUAUCAUACUACUGCUUAGUACAUUUAAAUAUUACUGUCAUGCCCCCAUUUCCAGAAUUAAGUUUUUUCCCCUUUAUUUUAAAGUCAUAGGUCUUCUCUGCUCAUUGCUUUGGUUGUUCCAAUAGUUGCAUUAGAUGUUUUUGGCCUCUGCAUGGAAUUGUAGUCUAAUAGUGCAUACUUUUAUACAUUUAUAUUAUUAGACCAAGUGAUCUAAAGUGAAGGUCAUUCAAAAGUUCCCAUUCAUUGAUCACUUCAUCUUUUGAGAGCUCUUAGCCUUAGUGUCAGAUCCCCAUUAAGUUGGAGUUUAUAUUUUGUUGAAAGCAUCCGUUAAAGAUUUUCUUCGUCUUGCACUUACACUUUUGUUCAAAACUUCUUUAGAUUGUUCUGUGUUGUGUUUUUCUUUUCCUCCUAAUGUCAUCUUUUUUUGACAAGGUGUCAUACUGCAGUUCUGGGUUUUUGAACAUCAAAAGUUAGUAUUGUAUUAUUAUAUUCAGUUCUUUGCAGCUCUCUCCAAACCAUCCUCUGCAUUGUAAAAUAACUAAUGAAAAUAGACACAAGUCCCUCAAAACAUGUCUCAGAAUUUCGCUCACAUCCUUCAAUGUACUAGUCAUCACACGAGUCAAUGCCAAGGAAUCUGUGGCCCUGUUUGAGUAGUGUUACAAAGUGAGACAUUGGUUCAAUGUGCAAUAUGCUUAAAUUCAAACAAGUCGCAACCAUCAACUCAUUCUAAUGGACGUGUGUUAGAGAACAUUGAAAUAAAAAUGGAUCAAAACAUUGUUCCCCCUCAUCCUGACCAGCAUUUCUAUCCUACUGGUAUAAGUUGGGGUUUGUUUUCUGGAAAUGCCUUGAUCUGAUCGGUAGCUUUGAAAUCAUUUGUAGGGCUUUUGAAUGAUAUGUAUGUUUGAGUAGGGCAUUUAUAAAGUAUGUGUGAACUUAUCUCUGAUCUCUACAUGUAAUGUGCUCUUUUGAGGUUAGAACGUGUUGUGAAAGGCAAACACAAGUCCUAAUUGCCCAGUUUUUCGACACUAUUAGGAUGUUUAUUUUAUCUAGGACUUUAUUAUAUACAUUAAAAUGUGUGUAUAUGUUACUCCAAACGAAGUGAAGUGGACAAAAAAAAGUUAAAUCGUUCCUUCCUGUCUUCUAAGGAAAUACGACAGAAUGGGUUUUACUUUUCGUACGGACGUUUUACCAAGCACGGAGACAUCCUCAAAUACAGCUUGGUUGAUCUGUUCAUUGGAAGCCAUUUUCUUAUAGGCUUCCGGUGCUGUUUAUCAUCCCUCUUAAUCUAUUGAUGUGGUCACAUUAUAUGUACCAAUAUUUCAAUAAAAAUGAAUAGAAAUGUGUAUUCCUUCAGAUACUCAGAGAUUGUAUUAUACUUCUAAAUAUACCAAGGUACCUGAAGUUGUUAUUGCUGUUCUAGCAUCUAUGGCUUAUUAUUGGAACCUUGAUAUACACACGUAUGUAUAUUGGUAUGCAUCUGAGUUUGUCUGCCCCAACUUACAUUCCCACACACACGUGUUGCCAUUUUUAAGUUCAAGGGAGCAAUGUACAAGCAGAGAAGUGUCUUAUAAUAAAAAUAUACAGAGAAAAAGUUAAAUAAAAAUCUUUUGUUUUAAUGGAA